UUCUGUAUAGCCUUGGCAAUCUUCGUGCUGCGCAAAAUUAGUUGGAUGAGAGUUUUGAGUAUUACUAGCGAGCGAUGCGCCAUAUGCGCGCGACAGUGGGUGAUUAGGAUUUCUAUACUGCGAAUGUCGCUCACAAGAUGGCUGAGCACUUUGCUCGAUUGGGUAGGAACGAAGAAUUGAUUGCCAUGGCCAAUAAAGCACUGGAUAUCUGGUCUGUUGAUCUGAGUGCACACAGAAACGAGAUUGCUCGCACAACCUUCUUUAAGAGCCGCCUCUUUGAGGCAACAGGUAAAGCCUAAAAAGCCUCCGUUGCUCUCAGGGUCGCAUGGCGUCUGAGGAAGGAAAUAACUUGGCAGGAUCGAGAAGUGGGCAGCUUGACUAUGGAAGACUUCAACGAGAUCGUUGCUUUUUGGACUUAAUGAUAAAUCUAGUUCUAUAGCGAACAUCACCGGAUCUCUAAACCAUACUUUCUG